AUGUGACGCAACAGCUAGCCACGCCUCACUGUCGUCCCCUCCUGGACUCCAUGUAUGUGUGGCUGCGUAUGUCGCCUCCUGUCCCUCGCUAGUUUGUUUCAUCUCCCACCUUCGCUCACCUCCAGUUCGGGCAGCAGAAUGGCAGCGGCGGCCCCCAACCCGGAGGACUCCGCCAGGUGCAGCGGCGGCGGAAGCAGCUCACCCAGCGCGCUGGCCGCGGACGGAGACGCGGAAGAGGCCGAGGAUUUCACGUCCUCCUCCCACUGCUCGGAGCUGUCGCGGCGGCAGAACGAGCAGAGGAAGCAGGGCUUGUUCUGCGACGUGACGCUGGCCUUCAGCAGCGGGGCGGCCACCGGAAACGUCCAGAGCUGCGAGUUUUCAGCCCACAGGUCCGUCCUGGCUGCCGCCACCGAUUAUUUCACCCCGCUGCUGGGAGGACAGUUCUCCGAGUCCCAGUCCGGGCGGGUGGAGAUGAAGGAGUGGAGCUCGGAGCUGGGGCCUGACCCGGAGACAGUGGAGGGUGUGAUCCAGUACAUGUACACGGGGGAAAUGCGCGUCAGCACCUGCAAUGUGCACGAGGUGCUGGAGCUGGCAGACAGGUUCCUGCUUCUGCAGCUCAAAGAUUUCUGUGGUGAAUUCCUGAAGAAGAAGUUGAGCCUGACUAACUGCGUAGCAGUCCACAGCCUGGCUCACAUGUACACCUUGGACCAGCUGGCUCUACGAGCUGCAGACAUGAUCCGACGCAACUUCCACAAGGUCAUCCAGGACGAGGAGUUCUACACGCUCCCCUUUCACCUGGUCCGUGAUUGGCUGUCGGACGCAGAGAUCACCGUGGAUUCAGAGGAGGUGCUGUUUGAGGCUGUGGUGAAGUGGGUGCAGAAGAACCUAGAGGACCGGAGCCGCUACUUUGAGGAGCUCUUCCGUCUCCUCAGGCUGCCCCAGAUAAAGCCCACCUACCUGACCAGAGUGGUAAAGAACGAGCGGCUGGUAUCGUCCAACGAGUCCUGCCUCCGGCUGGUGUCGGAGGCCGUGGAGGGUCACGCUAUUCGCUUUGAAAACCUCAAGUCAGCAGAUAUGGAGUUCUGGUCUUCACACAUGGCCUCCUUUCAGCCUCGCUUCGGACAGAAUAUGGACGUGAUCAUGGUGGUGGGAGGAGUAUCUGAGGGAGGCGACUACCUGAGCGAGUGUGUCGGCUACUUCAUUUACGAGGACCGUUGGGUCAACUUGCCUCACAUCCACAACCACCUGGACGGCCACGCCAUCGCCACCACAGAGUCCCACGUCUACGUAGCGGGCUCUAUGGAACCGGGCUUCGCUAAGACCGUGGAACGCUACAACCCUAAUUUCAACACGUGGGAGCAGGUCAGCAACUUGACGACACGCAAGCACUCUUUCGGCUUAACUUGCAUCAAGGAUAUCCUGUACAGCAUCGGCGGCCAUGGCAACUUCAGUCCAGGUUUCAAAGACGUCAGCGUGUACGAGCCCGAGCAGGACAAGUGGCACAAUCUGGAGUCUGCUCCCAAGAUCCUGCGGGACGUGAAGGCGGUGAGCGUGGAGGAUCGAUAUGUGUAUGUCACAGCACGCACACCUGUGGAUACAGACAACGACGAUGGACUGAAGACGGUGACCACGCGUUACGACACGGAGAGCCGCCAGUGGCAGGAUGUUGACUCCCUGCCACUUAUUGACAACUACUGCAUCUUCCAAAUGGCGGUGGCUUCAACGAAUUUCUACCACACGGCUUCUUGCUGCCCCAAGAAUUACACGGUGAGGGAUGAAGUGGCCAGGCAGAAGAUCAGUGUGCGUAUCUCUGAUGAGAUCCUGGAGAGCCUGCCUCCAGAGGUAACCAGCAUCGAGGGCGCCGCCAUCUGCCACUUCGACGAGGACGUCUUCAUCAUCGGAGGCUGGAAGAACAGCGACGACGUGGACAAGCAGUACCGCAAGGAGGCCUAUCGCUACUGUGCUGAGCGCAAGCGCUGGAUGCUGCUGCCGCCCAUGCCUCAGCCGCGCUGUCGAGCGACGGCCUGCCACGUGCGCAUCCCGUACCGUUUCCUGUACGGCUGCCAGCGGUAUCCCAUGCCCCAGAACCUAGCUCGCCAGCGAGAUCGCAUGCAGCAGAUGCAGCAGCUCCACAGGCGCACCCUCACCUUGCGUCGACAGCUCCAGUCGCAGAUCGAGUGCUGAACGGGCCGGCGUGCACUUGAUCCUGGAUCCACGCAGCUCCAGGAUUCACAGCAAACCGCCGCAGCCGUCCGUUCAUAACGCUGCUGUGGGGCUCGCGUUGCUUUUGUAUUCGUUUAUUCAUCGGAACUGUGACGUCAGCUCCCAGCCUGUGUUGUGUUAUUUACUCAUUCGUGAAAAGCCAUGAAACGUGGGCGGGUGCGUACUGACCAGGUAUUAGUCUGUGACAAGGAAUAUGUGAAUAAGAGUCUUAUACAGCAGCCAAAACUAAAUCUACUUUAGUCAUUGAUGUUAAUUCAGAUGCCGGUUAUCUAUUUGUACAUAAAUAGUAUAAAUCUGUAUAUGUAUACAUUUAUAUUGAUAUUUUACAUUCCGUUCUUUGUUCUGGUAAAGAAUACGUGACGUCAGUUUCCGACAUUCUUAAAGUCUCAUCAUUCCAUUGUAACCGACAAUCCCCUUAUGGAAGUGUAACUGGUUUAAAAGUCUUAAUUGACGUCACUUCUAAUCGUGCCGUUAGCCGCCGCGUGUUGCUUUACAGCUUCUACAUCUAAUGUGAGUUACGUGUUUAUAAUAUUGCAGGAAGUCUAGACAUUUUAUUAACCUGUUGUGGACCGGUCUGCUCCUU